GCUUGCUCUGCCUCAGCAGCCAACACACACACGCAAACACACACCGGGAACAUUCCGGCAGGCUGCUUUCCUGCAGCUGAGGAGACGACAUUCAUGGACCUCCUUUUGAUUCGGAUAUGUCACUGUUGUCAGGGCAACUGUUAAUGGUGGCGUAUCAUAUUUUCUCCUCUUGGGUUCCGUGCUGAAUAUUUCAGUGUGCAAGAGCUGGAAAGAAGCUACCAGGAGAGGGAAAAGGUACUGCACCAGGAGGGAAAGCAGGCUCUGACUGAACAGAUUCAGGCAGCAGCAGGAGGAAGAGGCAUCCAAACUGAUGGGCCUUCCAUGAAGGCCUCCUUUUUCCCCUUGUCAAGGUGGAGGAGACUGCAGACCGCCUUCUGCUAAGUGGAUGUUGGUUAUUCAGCAGCUCUUCACAGACUAUUCAGCUGUACUGGAUCUCUUACAAAUGAACAAGCUGCUUUGCAGCUAGUGAGUGCAGAACUGAUAUAUGGUAGUUGGUUUGUUUUUAAAAGAGAGAGAAUAACAAUAUGCCCGGUUCGACAACUGCUAUACGGCAAGAGAGACUUAAAAAGGCAGGUGUAAGGCCAAAUACUCCUGUUCUGUUUACCAUUAACGAGGAAGAUGAACAGCAAAAAAAUAGCAAUUCCAAGAAACAAAAAGCAUCUGAAAGCUCUAAAGUACAAGACAAAAAAGCUGCUUCAUCCAGCCGCCCUUCCUCUGCUGCUUUAGGGCAGAAUGUAAACAACGCUGGCGCCAGACCAGACUCUGCACCCAUACUCAAAGUCGAUGAAAGACAACGGCUUGCCCGAGAAAGGAGAGAGGAACGGGAGAAACUGAUAGCGGCAAGAGAACUUGCCUGGCUAGAAAAAGAAGAAAGAGCGAGACAAUAUUAUGAAAAACAUCUAGAGGAACGCAAAAAGAAAUUGGAAGAGCAGAGACUGAAAGAAGAGAGAAGGAGAGCAGCAGUUGAGGAAAAACGAAGACAGCGAAUAGAAGAAGACAAGGAGCGACAUGAAGCUGUUGUACGCCGAACCAUUGAGAGGAGCCAGAAACCAAAACAAAAACAAAAUAGAUGGUCCUGGGGAGGUACACUGCAUAGCAACAGCAGCAUUAAUACAACAGAUCCAGACAGGCGAUCUGUUUCAACAAUGAACCUUUCGAAACAUGUUGAUCCAGUCAUUAACAAGAGGCUCUCCUCCUCAUCUGCAACAUUACUAAAUUCUCCAGACAGAGCUCGACGUCUGCAGCUAAGUCCAUGGGAGAGCAACGUUGUUAGCCGACUUUCGACACCAACACAUUCGUUCUUGGCCCGGAGCAAAAGUGCAGCCACCUUGUCAGGAGAUGCAGUUAUCCCCAUUUGUCCUCGUUCAGCAUCUUGCAGCCCCAUCAGCCCUCUCUCCUUCAAGGCCAUAAGCUGUCGAAAUCCAGCAGACAGAGCAAAACUCUUUGGCACAACACCUGAUGUUAGACGUAGGAGGACUACAAAUUCAGCAGGGACUAACAGAAAAGAAAAGGAAAAGGGCCUUUCAGUGUCUAAUCAGUCAUCUGGCAAAAAGAGAGCUCGCUCACCUUCAACCUUCCGAAGUAAAUCAUCUGCUUGGCAUGCCUCCAGAUCUUUGCCUUUUUUGCCUGGGACACCCAAAAAGAUAACAUCACCACAGGUUUCAUCCAGAAUCUCCUCUGCUCAACCACGCCCUCCUUCCCCUGGUAACAUUCGGCCUGCCAAAAAUGAACGCAAGCUGGAAAAUGAGCGCAGGCUGGAAAAUGAGAAAAAAGAUGUACGACAGGAACCUGAGAAGGCUGCUGAAGAAAAGACAGACCAAGGAAAAGUAAUCUCCACUCCCAACAUGGUUGUAAAUGAAGAAGGACUACCCUGUAAACAAGAAACCACGCAAAUUGCUGCUAUAGUUUUGCCUUCUGGUCCAUCAAUGGCUUUGCCAUCUCCUGUCAGUAGCAAACCUUCUGCAGGGACAACAGACCCAGAAGAAGCAACCAGACUGCUUAGCGAAAAAAGGCGACUGGCCCGAGAACAACGAGGACGAGAGGAGCAACAAAGAAGAGAGAGAGAAGAGGCUGAAAGGCAAAAGAAGGAAGAAUUAGCCCAGAAGAUAGCUGAAGAAAGAGCUCGCAGAGAGGAAGAAGCUCAGAGGCUGGAAGCUGAGAGGAAGCAAAGGGAGGGAGAGCAGGAGCAGGAGAGAAAGAAGCAGUUGCACCUGCGUCGCCUGGCUGAAGAAAAAGAGCAAAAAGAAAGAGAAGAAAUGGAACAGCUUCAGAAGCAGAAAGAAGAGGAUGCUCGGUUACGAGAAGAACAGAUUCGGUUAGAGCGUGAAAGACAUUUCCAAAGAGAAGAACAAGAGCGCUUAGAAAGGAAGAAGCGUCUGGAAGAAAUUAUGAAAAGAACUAGGCGAACAGAAGCUGCAGAAAAAAAAUCAAAUGAACAACAAAAUGGAGAGAUAGCAAAGGAAACAGUGAGCAGUCCUACAUCUCCCUUAAGCCCUGUUAUGAGCUCUCAGGUUCAACAUGUGCCAGAAUCUCCACGCAACGGGGAAAUGGUAACCCAUACGCACGUGCUUAUAUCUCAUGAGCCCACAGUCAGCCUAGACAGUAAUCUCAACCCAGGAAAACAUACAAAUGAAAAUGGAGUGACUAUGCAGGAUGAAAACAUUGAAGAGCUCAUCAGCCUACCCAUGGGAACAAAACCAUCCAGAUUGGAUGCCAUGAACAAUGCUGAGAAAGAGAGCACUAACAUUCCUUUAACUCCCAUUUUGGCCUUUGAAGAGAAGGGGACGCUAGGGCCAUUGCCUCAGGUAGACAAUGUUCAGACACAUCAAACAGCAGAAGUUGUCUGAUUCCCACCAAAGCUGAAGUAAAGAUCUCUGGCACCAGUGGAGUUCCUUCCAUUCUAUGAAGGAGUGUUGUCCUUUUUGCACUCUUGAAUUUUCUGUGGAUUUCUUGGACAUCGCUCUGUUUGUUUGUUUUUAAAGGCCAUAGUAAAACCAGCAGAAGAAUUUAUUGGAAAUAGACUUGGAUUAUCUUUUUAUCACAUAGAUCUCACCAAUAGGAAAAUCAUGUUUCAUCUUUCAUAAAUUGCUUUUAUCCAGCAAGUUCCUUUGGUUAGCAUAAUGGCUAUUUUCUGCAUUCCUGAAGAGAAAAAAAAAUUAACUGGAUUCUAACAAUAAUAGGCUGAUUACUGGACCUGUUGGUUUUAUAUUGUUUUGAAGGUGGGUAUUUGGUUUUUAAAAGCAUAAUGUAAAAUCAGAGGAGAAUCUUUUUACAUUUUACUGAUUGAAUACUUGAAAAGUAAAUGCCUCAGUACUCUACAAGUAGGGCUAUUGGGGUGUUGUUUCUUUUAUUUAAACCUGUUGGUUUAAAUAUUAUUGCAGAGAACUCUUAAUUAUGGGGGCAAAAUAUAGGCUUCUGUAUCAGGUUCUUGUAAAUGUAACUCCUACAUGGACAUUCUGUAUAUUUAGGCAUCACUACUGUCUUCUUUCAUUUGCUCUUUAAAAUAAAAUAACACAGCAGGUUUUAAAAUGUGAAAAAUCAAAAGCAUUAUUUUUUCAUGGAUGAAAUGAAAACCUGUUGUUAUCCUAGAUAAUGUAUUUAUUAAUUUUGUUCCGUACAAAAUAAAUCAUAGAAAAAAUGUGAUAAAAACUUAG